AGAUUCUGAAGAAACAGCCAGGCUGAGGGUGAACAUGAAGAACAUGGGAACGUGGACCUUCCUGAAGAACUUGCAGUAGAGGCAGCCUCUCUUCCUCUUUCUCUCCCUCCCACUGCUGCUGCCCUACCUCCAGGGAGACGAGGAGAACCUCACGGGUCCCUCAAGUCAGUAACAGGUUCUUGGUGGAUGCCUCCUGUGUCCAGCCAUGGGGGAAUGGACCAUCCUGGAACGCCUCCUGGAGGCUGCUGUCCAGCAGCACUCUACUAUGAUAGGAAGAAUCCUGCUGACAGUGGUGGUGAUCUUCCGGAUCCUGAUCGUAGCUAUCGUGGGCGAGACGGUGUACGAGGACGAGCAGACCAUGUUCAUUUGUAACACCCUUCAGCCGGGCUGCAACCAGGCCUGCUAUGACAAGGCCUUCCCCAUCUCGCACAUCCGCUACUGGGUCUUCCAGAUCAUCCUGGUCUGCACCCCUAGCCUGUGCUUCAUCACCUAUUCCGUGCACCAGUCGGCCAAGCAGCGUGACCGCCGCUACUCUUUCCUGUACCCGAUGCUGGAGAAGGACUACAGCCGCGAAGGUGCCCGGAAGCUGCGCAACAUCAAUGGCAUCCUGGUGCAGCACCCGGACAGCGGCGGAGGCAAGGAGGAGCCCGACUGCCUGGAGGUCAAAGAGAUUCCCAACGCGCCACGAGGCCUGACCCACGGCAAGAGCUCGAAGGUACGCCGGCAAGAAGGUAUCUCCCGCUUCUACAUCAUCCAGGUGGUGUUCCGCAACGCCCUGGAGAUCGGCUUCCUGGCGGGGCAGUACUUUCUGUAUGGCUUCAGCGUGCCGGGCAUCUUCGAGUGUGACCGCUACCCUUGCUUGAAGGAGGUGGAAUGCUACGUGUCACGCCCUACUGAGAAGACGGUUUUUCUGGUGUUCAUGUUCGCUGUGAGCGGCAUCUGUGUGGUGCUCAACCUUGCAGAGCUCAACCACCUGGGCUGGAGGAAGAUCAAGGCAGCGAUCCGGGGCGUGCAGGCACGCCGGAAGUCCAUUUGCGAGAUCCGCAAGAAGGACAUGGCACACCUGUCGCAGCCACCCAACCUGGGCAGGACCCAGUCUAGCGAAUCUGCGUACGUCUGAUCCUCCCUGUACCCAUUGCUUGGGCAAUUGUGGGCGGAACGUGUGAAUGUUCAAAGUAAGGGAGAGGGAGUGGCUCUACCAAGCCACACCCCAUUUCCACAAGCCACUCCCUCCCUCUGACUGAGAAUGAGAAGGAAACGAGUGCGGUGUUGGGCUGUUGAAUGAAGGGGGACAAUUGGGGAGAGCUGAGAAGACCUGGAUUCUUGGUCCUGGAAAGUAUCAAGUAAAAUAUGAGGGCCAGGAGAGGACAGAGGAGCGGAAGGGCCGUCAGGGCAAGGUGACGGAUAUCCACGGCAACGUGCUGAAGGAACAACAAGUUCUUGGAACAGCUCCUCUUCAUUUCUGGAGAGGUAUAGAGGGGGAGGGAAUGGGAGAGCAUAGCAGCAGCCGUUCCUGCCAUGAAUCACCGCCAUGGAACUGGUGCCAGAGGAAAAUUACUGUUUAUGCUUGGUCUCUUGUCAAUGAAUCGUGCUAAAGAAAACAAUGAGGACGGAUCUAAACAUUAUAGCGCUGGCAGCAGCUCCACCUUGACUCCCUUGUCUUCUCUGUAGGCUCCACAGUGGCACACAAGACUAUACCUCAGCUUGACAGUGCCCUUCCAGAAGACCCUCGCUGUCUCCGUUUCGAUCUAGCAACCCUCCACCUUCCCUCAUCCUUUGUGCAAGAAAAAGAGCAUGUGUCCAAGUACAGGAACAUCAGAGAAGUGAACGAAGAACACUUGUUAUAUUAUUAUACUUUUUUGUGACUUGACUCGGUGCCAUCAUUUUAAAUGACUGUUCUGUUUCGAUUAUAUAUCAUAUUUAGUUACCAAAUCACUAUCUAAGUAGAUUCAUUUAUCUUUAUGGGGGAAAUGCUCAAGAUUAUUAUUUAUUCAGAGAUUUCAUAUAUACAAAUGACUAUUGUUUCAAAGCUUUUCUUUAUAACAACACUGAUUUUAUAAGAAAAAAAGGAGAUGUAAAGGUAUUUGAAAAGGCAUGUUUACAAAGCACUAUGGAAACGUGUUGUUUGUCGUGAGUGAAGAGAGAAUUCAGCGUGUUUUUCGAUUCCAUUUUUAUCAGCUCGCUUUCUUCGUCCGUCGUGUUGGUCCGCAUGCCUUUACGAGAAGAGAAAAGAAAAGAUGCCGAGGAGGGAUAUGUGUAUGUAUGCAUGUAUGCGCUGCACUUUGUUUAUGAGAGAGACUGGGGGGGGGGGCAGCGGCUGAGGGGACUCACUGUGGGAAGGGCUCUCUGGUAAUGCUCUUAUAGCAAGGCACAUCGUAGUCCACUGGCCAAGGAGACAGAGAAUAGAGGACUUAGAAGCAGCCUUCAGUGUUAUUCAACAAGAAAUGACACGCACAAGCUCAACCUCUUAGAAGAAAGUCUUUUUUUGGCCUUUAGUGGAAAAUGGGGUUUAAAAUGAGUGACAGCACUCACUAUACCACUCCACUGCUUAGUGUCUUUGCUGAGAGAAUAGACAGCGGGUGUGCGGGUGAUCUGCUGGAUUCCCAUACCUGCUGACAUCUGACUGCUUUCCUAGCUUUAGUUGCAGUGCUCCAUGUGGCAAAAGUUGGCCAAGCUGCCAUAGCCAGCUUUCUCUACGUUUUCGCUCAGUUUUGAAUAAUACAGCUUUGUUAAGUUGUCCAUAGACAGAACUGCCCAUAGGAAUCGCGCACAGGCUGAGCACGCAUGUCAUGCAACGGGCUGAAUUAUACUUCUGCGAAAAUGCGCAUAAACAAAUCUGCAUUUAUAGGUAAGCAUAGCUCACAGGGCCUCAAAUAAUCUCAACCGCACAUUGCGCGAAUCCAGUAAUGUUGGGGUUCGACGAGACCCAAACAGUCCUUGACCCGUACCAGAACUAGCGCAGAAUCAAAUGCAGCAGUUCGAGAAUCAGCUGGGAGAGAAUUAUUUAAAAAAGUAUUGCAUAAACUGUGACGUAAGUAUUCAUCCUUCACAGAGAGAGGAAAAAUGAGAGACUUUCCUUUCCGUUUUCUGUACGGUUUCGCUGGUUUGUGCACUGCCCCCUAGUGGACACAUGCAAGUAUGUUGGUGGACACCUAUGCAAACGUCUGAGCAUGCCAUGCUCACAGAUACGCAAACACACCGAAGUGGAAACCAGCCUUAAAUUGUAGGAUUUGGCCGUAAACACUCAGUCGUAAUGUGCAGUACGAGUUACCCAGACAGCACCACUUCUGGAAAUGUACGGCACUGGCUUAUUUGGCCCACAUGUCUUAAAACAGAUCUGGGCCACUUCUGGCAGAGAUAUGGCAGCACAGUGGCCUAUGUAACAAAGAAAUGUGGUAGUCCAACACAAUCUGCCUCAACACUAGGAGCACCUCUAAAUAUUCUAGAUUUAAAUCAAUUUAAAUCAAAUUUGGUUUGUGAACUUAAAAUGUAGCAUUCACGGAAUAUUGAAUACUAAGUGAACAUUACAGCACCCAGAUUUGGAAGGAGUCAGCACCGUCAUGUGCGCCAUCACUCAUUUGCUAUCAGGGUUAUUAGAGAAGAACAAGAUUUCUAAAACUGCCCAUUUAUCUAGGUUUAAUCUCCGUUAGAUUCCUGUCCAAGUGGGCUGUGAUCCCUCAUGAGUCCCUUUGUGUGCUGCAGGUUAAAGCAGGGCACAAGGUCUCAAACACUUGGAGCUAAUGUUCCAUUCAGACACAAUUAGCCCUGUCUUAGCCGCACUUGAGCGUAAGUGCUUGAGCCGGCACUCUCAACUGCCCCCCCCCCAU